CCCCCAAAAAUAAUUGGAAGUCCCCAAAUAAAUAAAAAAUUUAAAAUACUUGUGAAUCCCUAGGAUCAAGAUUCAAUCAACCCCGCCGCGCUUCUUCUUCAUUUCAAUCAGCACCGCCGCGCCGUCCUCCUACUACGAUUUGAUCCUCUCUUUUACUAUGGCAACAAGAUUGCAAUACGAGAAUAAUUGUGAGGUUGGGGUUUUCUCCAAGCUUACCAAUGCAUAUUGCCUGGUUGCAAUUGGGGGUUCUGAGAAUUUUUACAGCACAUUUGAGGCUGAGUUGGCUGAUGUAAUUCCUGUGGUCAAAACCUCCAUUAAUGGUACUAGGAUCAUCGGACGCCUGUGUGCUGGAAAUAAGAAGGGUCUGCUUUUGCCUCACAAUACUACGGAUCAAGAGCUUCAGCACUUGCGGAACAGUCUCCCAGACUCUGUUGUUGUUCAGCGAAUUGAGGAGAGAUUAUCUGCUCUCGGGAACUGUAUUUCCUGCAAUGAUCAUGUUGCUCUUACACAUCCUGAUCUUGACAAGGAAACUGAGGAAUUGAUCGCAGAUGUGCUCGGUGUGGAAGUUUUCCGCCAGACUGUAGCAGGCAAUAUUCUUGUCGGCAGUUAUUGUACCUUCUCCAACAUAGGUGGCUUGGUUCAUCCCCACACAUCCAUAGAAGAUCUAGACGAGCUCUCUACCCUCCUCCAAGUUCCUUUGGUGGCUGGGACAGUGAACCGUGGUAGCGACGUGAUAGCUGCUGGCUUGACAGUCAACGACUGGACAGCUUUCUGUGGGUCAGACACGACUGCUACUGAGCUGUCUGUCAUCGAGAGCGUGUUCAAGUUGAGAGAAGCUAAACCUAGCGCCCUCGUUGAUGAAAUGAGAAAAUCAUUGAUCGACACCUACGUGUGAGAACACGUCUUCAUAUGUUUCUGAAGCAACAACUUGCUUGUACUUGGGCAGAAUGAACAGAUUUCGUUACUGUGUGAGUGUGUGUAUAACAUCUUCCGUUGUUGGGCGUUUUAAUUGUGAUGUAUUACGAUGAAAAUUCAGUAAGGUUUCUAUAUGUAUUCAGAAAGUCUGGCAAGUUGUCCAGAUUGGGUCGUUUUUAUGUGA